CAGAAGGUCCGUAUGUAGCCAGGCUUGUGAUCGGGGUAAAGCUAGCUUCUCUGGGUUGCUUCAGUUGCUCCUCACAGCUUUAUCUCCUCAUCAUGGACUCUUCUCCAAUCCUUCGUCAACAGAGUCAGAAUAAAAUCCGCAGUGACUUUAUGAGAAUGAAGAAUGAACAAAACAAAAAGGUAGCAGACCCAAAGCCUUCCAAACCCAUGUCAGCAUCUCACCUUUCCAAUAAAGAUAUUGAGAACAAAGAUCCAGGAAGCUCAGCCACUGGUAAAAAGGCACCUCUGCAAGCAGGUAUAAGCAGGCUUCCGGUGCUUGCAAAGUCCCUCCAUCUUCAGACUCCCUCGGACUUCAGUCAGUCCCACUGCAGGUGGGAGGAGAAACCUCUGGCUCGAAAAGCGCCGAAGAAAAAGCCACUCACUCGGCCUGUACCUUUUAAUCUGUCACAGCCCAAAAGCACAAGAACGGCUGCUGAAAACCAACCUCUGGCUGUCCCAACGCUUUGGACUCAUGCAAACACAAAACCGUCUAAACAUCCAACCGCUUUAAAGGGCAACAAGGAUUCAACCAAAGCUGCAGGGAAGCCUCUCGGAAAGACAACAGAAGAUGCUUCCCACCUAUCGGGACCAACUGGGCCUUCCAGCACAUUUCAGACUUCAUCUUUGUCCACCGCUAUGUCAUCCCGUCCUGGUAGUGCUGCUACUUCUGCACAGCCUGCUCCCAGUGCAGAGGUCUAUUUGAAUAGCAUGAACCUGCUCAGUCUAAAAGACCAUUCAAAAACAGCACAUGCUAGUCGGACCACGCAGUGCAAUUCUUCAAAAGGUGAAAAGGGGGAGAACUUCCAGCCUGACCACGCGGCUUUGCUUAGCAUCCUCCGGAACGAAGGAGUGGGCGUCACAGGUCCGGCGCCUACGACUCCACAGUCCAAACCGUACAACUAUUUUCCCCAGCGAGUGUCCGUCAUGGCGAGCCGACAGAAAGCUGGAGCCCCUGCAGGAUCAGUGAAGUCUGUGCAGUUCUCUCCAGACCCCGCUGCGCUGCAAAGCAUCCUCCAGAACGAGGGAGUGAAAGCCGGAGGGCCCGUGGGCACAACACCCCGAAGUUCAGUCUGUCCACCAAGCAGGGCGACUUCAAUCUACACAGCUCAGAGAGUGCCGGUUAGAAAAAAUCGUCCAGAGGCGACUGCUGUGCCAGCAACAGCAUCAGCAGCACUCAAAGAGACGGCGCUGAACAAAUGGACCCCACAGAGAGUCCGCAACACCAGACAUCAGCCCCUGUCUGCUAUGAAAUGGCAUCAGUCGCCAUACAGCACUCCUGGAUUCAAGAGUUGCAAAACCAACCUUCAGCCCCAACAGGAGGAGGUGGUCCAGAGACUGUUUGAUGAAGACGAAGAAGAGCAGAGCGCAAAUGUGACAGAAAAAGAUUGCGAGCAGCGACCAGUUCAAGCCUCAGCUAGUAAAUCUCACUGUGACAAAGAGGAGGAGAAGAGCAGGACCAACGAUGAUGAGGAGGAGGAGGAGGAGAAGUUAGUGGGAGAACAGAUGUUCUUGCAGGCCCAGCACAGAGAGUCUGUUAUCUUUUUCUCGACGGGCAAAAAGUUGUUCAGAGUGCCGCGUUUAGAGAAGCUGGGGGACUCCGCUCUGCAGGAUCAGUGCGCUCCAGUUUCACCAGAAGAGCGAAAGGGGCUGCCAGUGCACGGCGAGGUGCCGGCUGUGCCAGGACCGAGCUGUAAGAUCAACCCUGCUGUUCAGCGCCCGCACAGAGAUCUCGUUGGUCAGAAGACUUGCUCUGUGAGUUCUGCAGUGUUGAUGUUGCGCAAACGUUUUCCUCCCCUGGAGGAGCUGCGUUUGGACGAGGAGGUGGCCACCUACACAUCAGCGUCUGUCGGGGCUCCCCCUGGGUUUGCUCCCCUUCGACCUUCCUGUGGAAACCCUCUGGCCUCCAUUUUGCACUUUGAAGAGUCCACUAGAUUUGUCCCAAUUGGCUCCGAUCUCUCGUCUGGUCCGCCUUCUCCGCUGCAGGACAGUUGACUUGCACCACAGUUGCAGUGUUUGCUUUCACUGUGAAACGCCGCUGACUUCACUUUACAAAUAUUUGUCGAACACUGACGCCGCCAGGUCAAUGGCUGCUCCAAAAAGAAAAAGGGUAUAUCUAAAUUAUACUGUUUUUCUUUCAUAACUACAGACACUUGUAUGUUUUUAAUAAAGUAGAUUAAAAGUUAUCUUUUUGGGACCUAGGUCCAAUGUAUGUGUUGGAAAAAAUAUUUUUUUAAAAGGUCAAUGAAGAGUCCACACCAGAUCAGUGCUGUUGGCUGUAGUGUACAUGUGGAUCAAUGGUUAGGAUCUCUGUGAUGUACAGUGUUUAUAAUAAAUAGUUGUUACU